AUGGCGCUGUGGAACGGUAGUGGUGGCGGUGGAGCCUUUCCCGCCGCGGCGGUCUCGGCCGUGCUGGUGGCUGCGGCCGUGGCGGCGCUGCUGGGCGCCGGGGUGGCGGCCAGCAAGUUCGACGACGUGGUGCAGCCCAGCUGGGCCAACGACCACAUGGUGUACGACGGCGACCUCCUCAAGCUCCGCCUCGACGCCAACUCCGGCGGCGGCUUCGUGUCCAGGAGCAGGAUCCUGUACGGCAAGGCCAGCGCCGACCUCAAGCUCGUGCCGGGGGACUCCGCCGGCGUCGUCACCGCUUUCUAUUUGUCGUCCGCCGGGGACAAUCACAACGAGUUCGACUUCGAGUUCCUGGGCAACGUGACCGGCGAGCCGUACCUGGUGCAGACGAACCUGUACAUCGACGGCGUGGGCAACCGAGAGCAGCGCAUCGACCUGUGGUUCGACCCCACCGCCGACUUCCACACCUACGCCGUGCUGUGGAACCCCAGCCAGGUGGUGUUCAUGGUGGACGACACGCCCAUCCGCGUGUACGAGAACCGGCAGAACGCCACCAUGCACGGCCACCACCACCGCCACGGCGGGAAUGCCAACGGCACCACCAACACCACCUCCCCGCCGCCGUUCCCGGGCCCGCAGCCGAUGGCCGUGUACAGCUCCAUCUGGAACGCGGACGACUGGGCGACGCAGGGCGGGCGCGUGAAGACGGACUGGUCGCACGCGCCGUUCGAGGCCACGUUCCGGGAGGUGCGCGUGGACGGCUGCGCCUGGGCGGCCAACGCCACCGACGGCGACGCCGGGGAGGUCCGGCGGUGCAGCGAGACCUCGUGGGGCAAGGAGGGCCGGUACUGGUGGAAGGAGAAGGAGAUGUCGGAGCUGUCCGUGCACCAGAGCCACCAGCUCGUGUGGGCGCGCGCGCACCACCUCGUCUACGACUACUGCGUCGACACCGACCGCUUCCCCGUGCAGCCGCCCGAGUGCGCCGGCCGCUGA